AUGGUGAGGAAUCAUGACACAACAAGAGAUAAUCAACGAGUUAUUUCAGAUAAUAGAGAUUCUAUGUCAGAUCUGAACUCAACAGUCUCGAGGUACUCUUUAUCAUCUUUGAACAAUGACGUAGAUAAUUUACCUUUCCCGAUAACUACAAAUAUAAUAAUAAUAUUCAUUAACUCAACUUUAGGUGGACUUCUCUUUGGCUAUGAUACAGGUAUUAUAUCAGGGAUAUUGUCAUCUUUAAAACCACAGGAUUUGUCUAGAACAAGAUUGACUGAUUUUGAUAAGGAGUUGGUAACUUCGAUGACGAGUAUUGGGUCCUUUUUUGGUUCAAUUUUGGGUUUUCCUCUAGCUGAUAAGUUCGGUAGAAAAAAAACUUUAACAAUUUGCAACUUUCUUUUCAUAUUUGCCUCUCUCUGGAUGGCUUUGUCUAUUAACCUUCCACUGCUGAUACUAGGGAGGUUCUUUAUCGGCAUUGCAAUUGGUUUGUCUGCCCAAUGUGUUCCUAUUUACUUAAGUGAAUUGUCUCCAACAAAUAUCAGAGGAAGAAUAUUAGCCAUCAAUGUAAUAGCAAUCACUUCAGGACAACUAUUUGCAUAUAUUAUAUCGUACCUUCUAAUAAAAAUUGAACCUUAUCCGGCGCUCAGUUUAGAAAGUAAUACACAAGUUUGGAGAUAUUUAUUUGGCUUUUCAGCUAUACCUGCUUUAAUUUUCAUAUUAUUUUUAGAUUUUAUGCCUGAAUCGCCAAGAUGGUUGGUAUUGAAAGGUGACUUGAAUGCUGCCCAUAAAUCUUUGUCUGUUAUAUAUUCAAAAGCGCCAAGUUUUAUGAUUUUAAUCAAGUUGAGAAAAUUAAUAAUAGAUAUUACGAAAUUAAAAGAUGAAGAUACCUAUCCAGAUAGCUCGCAAGUGGCGAUUGAAGACUCCAACCCUGAACAACCAUUGUGUUCCCGUCAAAAUUCUAAUAACUAUGAAGCUAUACCUCAUCAAAAUAUUUCAAACGUGGGAGCUUCAGAUAUUUCGCUGGAUGGCCUAAGAACAUUAUUUUCGAAAGAUACAAAAUCGUUUAAAACUAAAUUUCAAUGUAUGGAUAUGAAUACAAAGAGGGCAUUGUUAAUAGGAUGUGUUCUAAUGUUUUUUCAACAGAUUACAGGAUUUAAUGCUUUCAUGUAUUAUAUCAACUUAAUUUUUGCCAGAAUUAAUAUAGAGAACCCUUUAAUCCCUGCUAUCGUUGUGGCAUUCACAAAUGUCCUUUUCACAAUUGUUUCUAUGUUAUGUGUUGAUAAAAUUGGAAGAAGAACAAUGUUGUUAUAUACAAUUUUAAUCAUGACUGUUGGGCUGUUGAUGUGUAGUAUGGCAUUCAAGUAUGAUAAUCCUAGGUUGGCAAUCAUCUCUACGGUUAUAUUUGUAGCCGCAUAUGCAAUAGCUAUGGGCUCUAUACCGUGGAAUAGUGUCGAAUUGUUACCUCUAAAAUACAGAUCACUGGGUGCAUCUUGUAUUUCAUGCACGAAUUGGUUCACGAAUUCUAUAAUUUCAAUGUCGUAUUUGUCGAUUAUGAAUAAAAUAGGAAAUGCCAAAACAAUGCUAAUUUUCGCUACAUUCACCGUUUUGAACUGGGUUUUUGUAUAUAAUUGGUACCCAGAAGUAAAAGGUUUAUCGUUGGAAGAAAUAAGAGAAGUAUUUCAAGACGGUAUUAACGUUCAUUAUGUGUAUAAAAAAUAUAAUAUUUAG